AUGGAUGUACCUGCUGGGGCUGUGUCAAAUACCUUCAUAUGCCAGUCACAUUGGAGCACUCUGGACCUGGGCGGAUAUGGAGGGCAUCAAGCACAGCGAUAUGCUAUCCUAGAGGAACUUUUGAAGAUACAUUAUAAUAUGGGAGAGCUUGACAAAUUUUCUUUCAGGUUUAAUAUCAACAAAGAAAGACUGGAACUUUGGAUCAGGAGUCUAUGGCCUCGGAUAUACCCUCAUAUUCCCAGUACCGUGAAUCCCGAGCUGGCUCGUAAGCGUCUGUGGGAUCUCUACCUGGCCUAUAAGCGUACCUGGGUUAGGUUGAAGGUGAAUAUAGUACCAGCUGGCACACCUUAUAGAUCUCCAGCGGAUGCCAAGCUGCGCCAGGCAUUCAAGGUCAAGUUGAGGCUGGAGCUGCUCCGAGCGUCCCUGUCACUGAACCUGCCUUUGUACCUUUACCUGUCGUAA